AAGUAAUGGAUAUUAUUUAAACGGUGGUUUUCCAUUGACAGUCAUUGAGGCACCUGGACUCAAAUCUCUGCAAAAUCAACACUUCUGCUUUCUACUCUCCCAUGGAGCAAGCAUGGCAGAAUUGCUCUCUUCAAAUGGAAAUGGACGAUGACAGGCAUGGGGAUCUGAUGUUAGAAGAGUGCCACACACAAGAGGAGAACUUCCUCAGGGAGAUACUUGGUGAACCGGGUUUUUCUUCUGAAACUGAAACUCACCACCACAACUUCACAACCCCCACAGAUGCUGAGACGCUAACGAUGGUAGGUUCAAACUCCAAAACCUCUUCUUCUCCCAGAACAUAUAUUCUGUCUUUCGAUAGCUCUACCAUUAUACCAGCCACCCCUCAACCACCGUCUGCUUCCACUCUCUCCGCCAAAAAGCGCCACCAAAAUCUCAACCCAGAACAACCAAAACCCAAGUCCACAACCCAAACCGGAAAGAGGACCAGAAACGGUUCCGUGGACCACAUCAUGGCCGAAAGAAGAAGGAGACAGGAACUCACCGAGAGGUUCAUAGCACUUUCAGCCACCAUCCCCGGUCUCAAGAAGACGGACAAGAGUUCGAUACUGGGGGAAGCGAUUAAUUACGUGAAAGAACUCAAAGAACGUGUGACGGAGCUUGAAGAGAGAAACAAGAGAGGGAAAGAAUCGGUGAUGAUCCUGAAGAAGAGCGAUGUGUGUGAGUCAAGUGAAGGAGAUUCGAAGGAUUGGUGUAGAAUGCUCCCUGAUAUUGAAGCAAGAGUGAUGGAGAAUGAGGUGCUGAUCGAGAUCCAUUGUGAGAAGGAAGAAGGAGUUGAGCUCAAAUUAUUGGACCACCUUGAAAAUCUUCAUCUCUGUGUCACUGCCACCAGCGUGUUGCCCUUUGGAAAUUCAACUCUUGGCAUUACCAUCAUCGCUCAGAUGGGUGACGCGUACAAGAUGACAGUGAGCGAUGUGGUGAAAAAUCUGAGGAAAGUGUUCAUGAAUCACAUGAACAUCAAUGGCGAUCCGUACUAGUGUAUCAAACAGUUUGUUUCGAAAUUACUACUCACUUGGUCUUUUUAUUUUCCGUGGUUUGAUCGUGUAUCGGCUUUGAAAUUUUAAAUUUCAAAGAUUCCAUUUCGUGUUCUUGUUUGUAACAUGAAAGCGAAAGCUUCGCUGGGAGUGUUUGCGAUGAACACGUUUUCACAAAUGCAAUAUCAAACUUCUCAAAAUAAACUCCAAUCAUUGGAACGACAUUGAUUCUGAUACUUAUAGACAUUGGUGGAUCAUGACGAAAAAAAGUAUG